AUGCUGUACCCAGAAAAGAAAAGUACUCCUAAAGAUAAGCUUCCUAAUCAUUAGAGGACUACAUCUCAAAAGCUUGAUAUUUAAGUUAAAAAAGAAAAGAUUCACAAGCAAUCAUCAAUGAAAGUUCAAACUAAGCCAAUUGGGAAGCAGAAUUUGAAACUAAAAAAAAGGAGAAAGCAGAAAAAAAGUUUUUCAAAGUCAUCAAUAUCAUCUAAACAGAUAGAAUUUUCAGAGAAUUAAGAGAUUUACAAGGACUAGAAUGAUAAUGAUCCCAUUAACUCUAUCAUUAAUGCCUAGGAAUGCACUCUAAAAUAGCCAGAAAUACUUGACUUUGAUAUUAGUAAAAAUAGCUAGAACUAUAGAACAAGUGCUAAUUCUAAGCUAAAUUACUACCAGACCUUAGAUCAUCUAUAUUAGUCAAAUUAUUCAGGCUAGAUUUAAAAUGGAAUGUUCACCUAGCUCUGCAAGGAUUCAAGUGGACAUCUAGACUAUAACUUAUCUUAUACCAUGCUUCUUGAUAGCGAUAGGAAAAAAGACAAAAAUAGGAACCACUAGUUUGAAGAUGAUCAAAGUUAACCUAUAGUAAAAAAAAAUCUAAAAUUCUCAAUGAUUGAGAGUUCUCAAGAUGACAAUCCUUACAAUACCUUACACAACACCUAAAAUAUGAGGCACCAUCAUCUAAACAUCGAUGACGAUACAAUUGAAGAACAAAUUAUUGAAAUAAAAGCUAAUCCAGUAAGAAAGACCGCUAAAAAUCAAAGAUCUGCUGGGUUUUACACUGGAUAAAAGUAAAGUCAAGCAGCAACGAGAUCUACUUCGAAGAAAAAACUAAAUUUAUCAAAAAAUCAUGGAGAAACCAGAUAAUUAAACAAUAAUGACAUUAACAGUCUCAAUGAUUCAAAGGAUUCAAUUAUCAUUAUUUAAGAGUGUGAAGCCCCUUUUAAAACAGUUAGAAAAGAAGUCAGUCUUCAUUCUUUGUCAAAGUAGCAUUAAUCUCAUUAGACAUUCCACAAGAAAAAGAGAUCAGUAGACCAUAAAAAGAACAGUUCAAUUCUGAAUAAUAAUUCAGUUGCUCAUUCAAGGAUGUUUCCAUCAACUACAAAUAUAAAGGACAAGAAUCUAGUUACAUCACCAACUCUAGCACAAAAUAUUAUAGAUCAGUCCCGUUAAACAAUUAAAGCAUCCAAAAAAUAUCCUUCAAUACAUGGCUAUACUAAUCUAAAUGAUAAUCAAAACCACUUAUCUAUUCAAAAAUUCACUUGCUAUGGCACUCAUAAUGAUAUGUCUUCAUUUCAAAGCAGAUAAAGAAAUCUAUCUACUGCAAGCCUAUCUAAAUCAAAAGGAGCUCUUCUUACUGAAAAGAGGAAGCCCUCUAUUUUUUCAAAAAGGGAAAGUAUCAAAGAUGAAUAGCAUUUGAAGAAAAAGAGAUCAAGUAAAAAGAUACUAAGUUAAACAAUGAGGAUAGUUCUGGACUCACCUAGAUAUAGAGUCUUGUCCCCUAAUAAUAUUAAUGACUAAAAGUCUAUGAGCAAUAAUAAUAAUAAUAAAAGCACUACAAACUAACAUACUGCUCUAAUUAAUGAGUACUCUUAUAAAGAUCUAGCAACAUUUAAUGGUCUUAUUGGCCAUUAAGGGACAUAAGAUCAGGAUUAUAAAAAUGAAAUUACAUUCCACUUCACUAAUUCAUAAAGUAAGGAUCUAAGUGGUAUUAAAGACCGUGUGUAAAUUAUAUUCAGAGCUUAUCAAGCUAGAAUCAUGAGUCUAACUUAGAGUGUAGAUGAACUUUCAUAGGAAAAUAAGAUAUUAAAGAGAAAACUGUUCCAUCAAUAAUCUAGUAAAUCUAAUUUAGCUGAAUGA